UGUGGUGUUGAUCGUUGCACGGGUGGUUACUGUAGAAAGCAAGGCCAGUAUUCAUAGGGCAGCUAUUUCAAAGAUAGUGGUAGUAAGUUGGUGGUGACGUGAAAUACGAGUCCAAAUAUUUUAUGUUGUUCUCUGCAUAACUCGAAUUACAAAGAAGGGUUAGUCCCUGAGUCAUGCCGGAGCCGAUUGUCUCGGAAACGGUCCCAACAUGUGGGGAGCUGGAACACACACCUUGCCCUGACAACGAAAAGGAUGAAGAGAGUAGUCUGGACAUCACUUACAGUGAGAAAGAGGGUGGCCUGCCUCAGGAAGCGGAUGCUGGUUCCGACAGUCAGCGUGGAGAUGAAGAAAACAAAGGUAACCCGUCAGAGCUGAGCCCAGCGAAAGACUCCGCCAAGUGGCCGCGAAUGACCAAGGAAAGCUUAAAGAAAAUCUGCAGGGACAUGAAGUUGUACAGUACUCCAUACUUGAACGAUGUUCUGUACCUGCACUUCAAAGGGUUUACCAAAAUAGAAAAUAUUGAGGAGUACACUGGGCUGCGUUGUUUAUGGCUUGAGAACAACGGCAUCAGCCGCAUUGAAAACCUGGAGAACAACACUGAACUGCGGUCUCUGUUUCUCCACCACAACCUGCUCAAGAAGAUAGAGAAUUUGGAUCGCUUGAUUAAUCUGGACACCUUGAAUUUGAAGCACAACUUCAUUUCCCAAAUCAGCGGCCUUGGCUGCCUGCCAAAGCUGACCAACUUGCAGAUCUCCCACAAUCACCUGACGGAAACGGAGGACAUCCGCCAUCUGGUGAGCUGCUGCUCACUGUCUGUCGUGGACUUGUCACACAAUCGGCUCUACGACAGCUCAAUCGUCGACGUCUUUGAAGAGAUGAAGGAACUUCGUGUAGUUUAUCUGAUGGGAAACCCGGCCCUGAGAACUAUCCAGGACUACCGCAGGAUCAUGACCGUCCGCGUGAAGAGGUUGACGUAUCUAGACGAGCGGCCAGUGUUUCCAAAGGACCGCGCGUGUGCUGAGGCUUGGGCCCGUGGAGGCCGUGAGGAGGAGCGGGCGGAGCGUGACCGCUGGAAUCCAAAUGGAAAGGAAACGAAUCGAGGACAGCGUGAAUUCGAUCGCUUCGCUGAAGACGCGCAUCAGACUAUUUGCGGACGCUGACAAAAAG